AAAUUUUAUUGUUAAUUUAUUUGUACGUGUUUGUCACGCGCAAUAAAUAAUACCCAUGGCAAAAGUGUGUGUGAUUAAAUCAAUAAAUAAAUUUUUCGCUUAAUGUGUUGCUUUUCGAACUACUAACUCGUCUUUUUGUUUUUUAAUUGUCAGUUAGUGUUUUAUUUUGUCAAGAGGUGCCAACUUACGUUAGUAAGGUGUAUGUUUGUCGCCGCAAAUUGUUCACAAUGUUUUCGACUACGUAUAUUUUGUAAAGUUUUUAAGUAAUGACCAUUUGUCGACAGUUGUUGAUCAGUUUAAAUCGUAAGAUUAAAUUUUUCCUGUUUAUCCGAUAAUUAAAUAAUCAUUCAAAAUUAAUUCGCUAUCAAGAAUAAAACAUUUUUUAAUACCGCUAACCUUGUUGUUGGUAGCGGUAUAUACUUAUGAAAUGUCUAACUUUGGACGAUUUAAAGCAAAAAACAAUCUAUACUUUAUGUAUCAUUUAAAACGAUCAGGUGUUAUUAAAACACAACGCGUUUAUGAUACUAUGUAUGCUAUUGAUAGAAAAUAUUUUAUAGAUUUACCUGUUGCAUAUAUUGAUGCACCACAAAAACUUGGAUAUGGUGCAACAAUAAGUGCUCCUCAUAUGCAUGCACAUGUCUUGGAAUUACUUCAAGACAGAUUACGUGAUGGUGGAAGAGCAUUAGAUGUUGGUUGUGGAUCUGGUUAUUUAACAACUUGCAUGGCAUACAUGCUAGGACCUCAUGGAACUGUAGUAGGAAUUGAACAUAUUCCAGAAAUUCAAAAAAUAGCUAAAGCAAAUAUUGAAAAAUGUUGUCCCAAAUAUCUAUUUUAUGAUCGCAUUGAAUUAGUUGUUGGAGAUGGAAGAUUAGGAUAUCUACCAAAAGCACCUUAUGAUGUUAUUCAUGUUGGAGCGGCAGCUAAGGAAGUACCUCAACCUUUAGUUGAUCAAUUAGCUUUUGGAGGAAGAUUGAUAAUUCCUGUAGGCCCAGAUUCUUCCAAUCAGACUUUAAUUCAAAUUGAUAAAAAAAUGGAUGGAGAAAUUGAAAGGAAGUCAUUAAUGGGCGUAGUAUUUGUACCACUUACUGAUAAGCAUCAUCAACUGAGAUCAUGAGGGUUGUGUAAGCUCCAAUGAGUGAACAUUUUGUUAUUUAUUAUUAUGAGUAUUCACAUUAUUUUGUAAUUAAUUUGUCAUUCAAAAUAUUGAGCGAGAAUGAAACGAAUAAUCUUAUCGUGACAUUUACAUUAGAAAUAUUUUUAAUUUAUUUAAUACAUUGCAAAUUAUAUAUUCAUUGUUUUUCUUUUUUAAAAUAUAAAAUAGAAAAUAAGUAAUAAAUUUCAAAUAAAAAGUUAAUUAAUUAAUUAUAAACGUUAAAGAAUAAGCUUAAGAUUUCCUAACUAUAUUAAAUAAGAAAACGUGCAAAUAACGAUAUAUUCUGUAACUAUUUUUAUCUUUGCUUUAUAUCACUUAUUGUUAAUUAUAUCAUAGAUCUGUACAUGAAACCUUUAAGUAGGAAUGUAUAAAUAAAUGCUGAUUUGUGUGACUA